AGCUGUGUCAGCUAUUUCUAGUGGUAAGGCUGGGUUCACAGAAGGUUUAUGAAUCCUCUGAGAAGAUCUACUUUGAGGGUAGAGCGAGCUCGAAGCAGCAAGUAGGAGUUAAGAGGAGCCCUCACACACUCGUUUGUCCUCCGUUUGGUCCUUGGCACUGAAACAUGAGCACUUUUGUGACUCUCUCAUCAGGGCAGAGGAUGCCUCUGGUUGGCCUCGGCACGUGGAAGAGUGCUCCAGGUCAGGUGAAGCAGGCGGUGCUGGCAGCUUUAGACUGUGGCUACAGACAUAUUGACUGUGCGGCUGUGUAUGGCAACGAACAGGAGGUUGGAGAUGCUUUGGCUCUUCGGGUGGGUCCAGGGAAGGCUCUGCCGCGUGACGAGGUGUUUCUGACUUCCAAACUCUGGAACACCAAACAUGAUCCCGAGGAUGUUGAAGAGGCAUGCAGGUCCAGUCUGACCCACCUGGGUCUCUCCUACCUGGAUCUCUACCUCAUGCACUGGCCCAUGGCCUUUAAGAGAGGGAAGGAGCUAAUGCCUCGACAAGACGAUGGGAGUAUCUGGUACUCUGACACUCACUACAGAGAUACUUGGAAGGCCAUGGAGAACCUUGUAGAUAAAGGUCUGGUCAAGGCUAUAGGGCUGUCCAACUUCAACGCAAGGCAGGUAGAUGACAUCAUCACCAUUGCCAGGCACAAACCUGUGGUGAACCAGGUGGAGUGCCACCCUUAUCUGUCUCAAGCAGACCUCCUGUCACACUGUCGGUCUUUAGCGGUUUGUGUGACAGCCUACAGUCCUCUGGGCAGCGGAGACAGACCCUGGGCUUCUCCUGAUGAGCCUAGUCUGCUGGCAGAUCAGGAACUUGGCGCCAUCGCUGAGAGGUACCAGAAAUCUCCUGCUCAGGUGAUACUCAGGUGGAACAUCCAGAGGGGGGUGGUGUGUAUCCCCAAAAGUGUGACGGCCUCCAGGAUCCAGGAGAAUUUAAGGGUGUUUGAUUUUUCCUUGUGUCCAGCAGACAUGAAACUGAUUGACUCCUUUAACUGCAACACACGUUUUAUCAUCCCAACAGUGGAGAAGAACGGCAAGAAAGUGUGGAGGGAUGGAGAACAUCCUCAUUUUCCCUUCCAUGAUCCUUACUGAGCCUUCAAGAAACACAUUCAAGGUGAUUCUCAAAUAGAUGACAUGGAAAAAUAAAUUAAACUGAACCUCAA